GAAUCGGCCGCACUGGGCAUCACUUCUGGAACAAGAAGGAGUACUUUGUAGGUUUCAUGCUCGAGACGGUGGACGUGCCGCUGGAGGCCAUCCACGGCGCUUACGAAGAGGCCACCAGGGAGCCGAUCGGCGUCGGCCAGGCGAUCUUGGUGGACAGGUGCACCGAAAGGCGCGCGAAGGACAUCAUCGAAGCGCUCCAAGAGUAUGGCUUUGCCUGCAUGGCAGAGGAGAUACCCGACGAGGAGCUGGUGGACGCCGCCAAGCACUGA